AUGCACCCAUCCGGUAGCAGUACAGGGGUGGUGCUUGAUUCCGGCACGGCCUCGACUUCUGCGGUUCCCGUCUAUGAAGGGUUUGCUCUCCGCCGCGGCAUCCAACGACUGGAUAUUGGUGGGCGGCAUUUGACGGACCAUUUCUUCGAAGGUCUUGCACGGGGCGGCAAUAAGCUGGGGACAAUAUCGGAGCGCAAGCUUGCCCGAAAAGUCAAGGAGGAUUACUGCUACGUUGCGCGAGAUUUCAGAAAAGAAUUGCAGUUGAUACAGGGGGGGACCCCUACAGAAACAAGCUACAAGUUGGCAGACGGAAAGUCCAUUACUGUAGGGAGAGAGAGGUUCAUGACCCCCGAAGCUCUCUUCCAUCCUCAUCUUAUGGGGAUGAAUAGUAUUGAAGACCGAAUGCACCCGGAAAUGUCUGGUCUCGCCCCUUCAUCAGCCAAGGUUAACAUUGUUGCAUCACCGGAGAGAAAAUACUCGUCGUGGAUAGGAGAAUCCAUGGUUGCAUCCUUAUCGACAUUUCAGAAGAUGUGUGUCCUGUAUGAGGAAUACGACGAGGUGGGACCUACGAUUGUACUUCGGCGAUUCUUCUAG